AUGGAGUCGUCCGCCAUAUCCUUGUACUUCUCUCUCUUGCGAAGAAACGCGCCGGAAGCUCAGCCUGAACAAGAGGAACACCUGAUCAAUCUGAUAGACUCCCCAGGCCAUAUCGACUUCAGCUACGAAGUUUCUACGGCAUCGCGGCUAUGCGAUGGAGCCGUUGUGCUCGUCGAUGCUGUCGAGGGCGUCUGCAGUCAGACUGUCACGGUGCUUCGGCAAACCUGGAUAGAAAAGCUUAAGCCCAUACUCGUGAUCAACAAGAUGGACCGCCUGGUAACCGAGCUGAGGAUGAGCCCUGCAGAGGCGUAUUCACAUCUAAGUAAGCUACUAGAGCAAGUCAACGCUGUCAUGGGCAGCUUUUUCCAAGGUGAGCGUAUGGAAGACGACCUGAGAUGGCGCGAGCGAGUCGAGGAGCGAGUCACCGCAGCUGCGGCAGCCAAAUCGGAUGGUAGCGCUGCGUCGAGUGCGAACGCUUCGGUUCCCGAAGAUGCAAAUGGCGUCGCAACGAACGGCACAGCGGCAGAUUUUGAGGAAAAGGACGACGAGGAUAUCUACUUCGCUCCUGAGAACAACAAUGUGAUUUUCAGCAGCGCUGUUGAUGGCUGGGCCUUCACUGUCAAGCAGUUCGCCGGUCUGUAUGAGAAGAAGCUCGGCAUCAAACGCUCAGUCCUUGAGAAGGUGCUCUGGGGCGACUUCUAUCUGGACCCCAAAACCAAAAGAGUGCUGGGCUCGAAACAUCUAAAGGGCAGGGCACUGAAGCCUAUGUUCGUCCAACUGGUGCUUGAGAAUAUCUGGGCAGUCUACGAAGCUACUACUGGUGGUAACAAAGGGAAGGGAGAUCCCGCCAUGGUUGAGAAGAUCACCAAAUCACUUGGUUUGAAUUUGCCACCACACAUCCUUCGCUCUCGAGAUCCUCGGGCCCUUCUAAUGGCACUCUUCGCCGCAUGGCUGCCCCUAUCGACGGCGGUUCUGGUUUCCGUCAUCGAGCAUCUACCAUCGCCUCCAGUCGCCCAAGCAGCUAGGAUGGAGAGCAUCAUCAAAGAGUCGCCUGGUGGUGAUCACGUCGACCCUCGAAUCAAGAACGCCAUGCUCCACUCCAAGAGCGACCCGGACGAGCCCACAGUGGCCUACGUCAGCAAGAUGGUCUCCGUGCCCGAAAGCGAGCUCCCAGAAAACAAGCGGCGCUCCGGCGGCACCCUCAGCGCAGAAGAAGCGCGCGAUCUGGCCCGCAAAAAGCGAGCCGAGAUAGCAAAAGCCCAGGCAGAGACGAAUGGCGAUAUCGCGAACGUCACUGAAGCUUUCAGUAAUGCAGUUAUCGGUGAGAAUGGGCCUGAGACCGGAGAGGGAGAGCAGACGGAGAAAGAGAAUCCGGAACACCUGAUUGGCUUCGCGCGUAUCUAUGCUGGCACGCUCAGUGUUGGCGAUGAGGUCUACGUACUGCCUCCGAAGUUUUCGCCUGCAAACCCACACGCGCAUCCGGAGCCGCGGAAGGUGACGAUUACGGCACUGUACCUCCUGAUGGGCCGCGGCCUGGAGCCAUUGACCACAGUACCCGCAGGCGUCGUCUUCGGCGUCGGCGGUCUGGCAGGCCACGUGCUAAAAUCUGGGACGCUCUGCAGCCAGCUCGAAGGCGGCAUCAAUCUCGCAGGCGUCAACAUGGGCACCCAACCCAUCGUCCGCGUAGCGCUGGAGCCGGAGAACCCAGCUGACCUGGGCAAAAUGAUCGCCGGCCUCCGCCUGCUGCAGCAAAGCGAUCCAUGCGCUGAGUACGAGGUACUAGAGAGUGGUGAACAUGUCAUACUGACGGCUGGCGAACUGCACCUUGAGCGGUGUCUCAAGGAUCUCAGGGAGCGGUUCGCGCGCUGCGAGAUCCAGGCCGGUGAACCGAUCGUGCCGUAUCGAGAGAGCAUCGUCAGUGCGCCGGAGAUGAAUCCUCCGAGGGAUAAGGAUCUGCCGCGCGGUACGGUCGUUGGCGUUACGACGUCGAAGCAGGUCACUGUCAGGUUGAGGGUCCGGCCCUUGCCGGCGCCUGUUACCGAGUUCCUCAGUAAGAAUACCGCAGCGAUCAAAAAGCUCUACUCGGAGACCCGAGCGGAAGAGGAGGGGCAGAGGAGCGAGGACACGCCGCAGAGUAUACCACAUGAUCAGGCCGCCGAGCAUGACCGUCUUGAAGACGCCGGAGUCGUGGAGACGGGGGUUCUGUUGUCGUUGGCGGACUUCAAGAAGGAACUGAAGGAUGCGUUCAACGAGGCGAAGGGUGAUAAGGAGGCAUGGGCCGACGUCAUUGAGCACAUUGCGGCUUUUGGUCCCAGGAGAGUUGGGCCGAACUUGUUGGUUGAUAUUACGCCAGGUGGCUGCUGUGGAAGAGCGCUACGAGAUGCAUCAAACGAGCAGCCUACAGAAGACUCGGCGGAUACAACGUCAGCAGAUACACUGACGGCAAGAGAUUUCGCCGAUAAGAUCGUCUAUGCGUUUCAGCUUGCCACAGCGCAGGGUCCGCUCUGUGCCGAGCCGGUUCAAGGCAUAGCCGUCUUCCUGGAAGACGUGUCUAUCAACAUGCACGCAGAGGAGGAAAGCAACCCGCGCGAAAAGCUUGGACGGCUCACCGGCGAGGUCAUCAAGACAGUCCGCGACUCCAUACGGCAAGGUUUCUUGGACUGGAGCCCGCGGAUGCUGCUGGCGAUGUACAGCUGCGAGAUCCAAGCAUCAACCGAAGUCCUCGGCCGCGUCUACGGCGUCAUAACUCGGCGCCGCGGCCGCAUCCUCUCCGAGAGCAUGAAGGAAGGCACGCCCUUCUUCACCAUCGUCUCCGUGCUGCCCGUCGCCGAGUCCUUCGGCUUCAGCGACGAGAUCAGGAAGCGCACGUCCGGCGCCGCGCAGCCGCAGCUCGUCUUCCAGGGCUUCGAGAUGCUGGACGAGGACCCCUUCUGGGUGCCAUUCACGGAGGAGGACCUUGAGGAUCUGGGCGAGCUGGCGGACAGGGAGAACGUGGCCAAGAAGUAUAUGGACGGGGUGAGGAAGAGGAAGGGGAUGUUUAUCCAGGGGAGGAAGUUGGUGGAGAAUGCGGAGAAGCAGAAGACGCUGAAGAGGUAG